UUUUAUUCUGUUUGGUGUGAUCAGUAUUUUUAUUAUUGUUCUCGAGGAGCUAUCAUCAAAAGCUUCUCACUUUUCGUAAAUUAGAAGGCUCCCCAUUUUAUCAUUUUUAUUUAAUCAAUCAUUUCUUUUUUGGAAAUUAAUUUGGCGGAAGCAGUUUCGAUUUUUAGAACCUUUUUUGAGGCUAUAAAUAAGGCUCUCUGAUCCCAAGUUUUCUUGUGUGUAAGCAAGAGAUCAAACUCGCUGCGCGUUUUUAUCUGAUUAUUCUUUGGAAUUCUCAAUCACGUCCUCCUGUUUCAGUCCCUGAUCUGAAAGUCAAUUACCAAAAUUUGAUCUCUCAAUCGCUCUCUCUCUUUCUCUCUGUCUGUUUUCUCAAACAGGCCCUCUUCUUUGGCAGGUUUUAGCGUUAAAAAGGCGAGAUCUGAGCAAUGGCGGCAAAUUCAUCAAAUGGUGAACAACAGACAACCUCAAAGCCACCACCUUUGCCAUCUCCAUUGCGCUUUUCUAAGUUUUUUCAGUCCAACAUGAGGAUUUUGGUUACUGGUGGAGCUGGUUUCAUUGGUUCUCACUUAGUGGACAGAUUGAUGGAAAAUGAGAAAAAUGAGGUGAUUGUUGUUGAUAACUACUUCACUGGAUCAAAGGACAACCUUAGGAAGUGGAUUGGCCAUCCAAGAUUUGAGCUUAUUCGUCAUGAUGUUACCGAGCCAUUGUUGAUUGAAGUUGAUCAGAUUUACCAUCUUGCAUGCCCAGCUUCUCCAAUUUUCUACAAAUACAAUCCUGUGAAGACAAUAAAGACAAAUGUGAUUGGCACACUGAACAUGCUGGGACUUGCCAAACGAGUGGGAGCAAGGAUCUUGCUCACAUCAACCUCAGAGGUAUACGGAGAUCCUCUAAUCCAUCCACAACCUGAAACAUACUGGGGUAAUGUCAACCCAAUCGGGGUUCGGAGCUGCUAUGAUGAAGGGAAGCGCGUGGCUGAGACCCUGAUGUUUGAUUACCAUAGGCAGCAUGGGAUUGAGAUACGAAUUGCUAGAAUCUUCAACACGUAUGGGCCACGCAUGAACAUCGAUGAUGGACGUGUUGUCAGCAAUUUCAUAGCUCAAGCACUUCGUGGUGAACCACUGACAGUUCAAAAGCCUGGGACACAAACUCGCAGUUUCUGUUAUGUCUCUGACAUGGUUGAUGGCCUCAUUCGUCUCAUGGAGGGGGAGAACACUGGUCCUAUAAAUAUUGGAACCCAGGACUUUUAUAUGCUUUUAGGUGAAUUUACCAUGCUUGAGCUUGCUGAGACAGUUAAGGAGCUUAUUAAUCCUGAGGUGGAGAUAAAGAUGGUGGAGAACACUCCAGAUGAUCCACGACAGAGAAAACCAGACAUCGCAAGGGCAAAGGAAUUGCUAGGCUGGGAGCCAAUCAAGUUGCGGGAUGGUCUCCCACUCAUGGAGGAGGAUUUCCGAUUGAGGCUAGGAGUCUCCAAAAAGAAGUGAAUGAAUUAUUUAUAGGGUGGAAUUUUCAAUGGCAGAUUCAGUCCUUGUGGUGGGAAUAUUUCUCAUUUACGCUCUCCCUUGCCUCAUAUUGUUCUUUUAUCAUAUCAUAGCAAAGUAAUCCAUAACCAUAGAAUGUGAUGUGAGAAUUUGUGAAACUUUUUGAAUUUCGGCAGUCCUUAUAGUGAACAUAGAUGGUCUUGUUGCCCUGAAUUUUGUUUGCUACAGCAAUUAAUAAAAGUUUAAUGAUUCUCUUUAGUGGACAAA